UAAAUAAGAAAAAUAUCAUCAUAAUAAUAUUAAUUUCAAUUUGUCAAUUGUUAAAUAUAAAUGUCUAGAUUAUUAUAUUUUAUUAUUAUACUUAUGUAGGCAACUAAAUAUUCUAUGUAUGAUGAAAUGCAUAAAUGGUUAAUUUUUGGUUCAAAUUUAAGUCAUGUAUUAGAAAUAUUAAGUGAUGAAACGUUUACUGUCUCUACUGAUGUUAUAAUUGCUGUGCCAUCAGCAGAAAAUUAUAUUUUAUACGAUGUAUAUAAUCCUUGUAAAGAUCGAGGAGGAUCAAUGAAUGUAACAUAUUUUGGAAUGUGGAAUUUUAAAACAGGAUUAAACAUUAAUUUAAAUCAAUCAAAAUUCGCGAGAAGAUCAAAUUUGCAUGGAAUGAAACUUAAAGUUGGAAUUAUAGUAAAUUUUAAACCAAAAAAUAUGUCACUUCACGAUAUGAUGUUACAAUAUAGCAUGAAAUCGAAAUAUGGUCGAUCGAAAUUUUUAUAUAUACUACUGCAGCACAUGUCUGACAUCUUUAAUUUCACGUAAAAAUUAAUAAAUUUGUAAACAUUAAAUAUAAAAA